AUGGCUGCUGCCGACCUGGAGGGGCUUUGCAACUCGAUUUGCCGGUCAUCGCCGGCUGAGACGCUGUAUCUGGAUCGGAUCGUCGCGCAGUUCAUCCUCGUUUCCGCGGCCGAUGACGCCACCCGCCAUGCGCUGAUCAUCCGGCUAUCGCACUGCCAGCAUGACGGCUUCUCCAUCCCGAUCCUAUUCGAUGGCCUGGCAGCUGCCUACGAAGGCGCCAGUCUCCCUUCUCGGAGUCAGUUCAUCGACUACUGCUGUCUCCGGGCGCAGCGGGAUGCCCCCAAGGGUUACGACUUCUGGCGAAAUUACCUCUCUAGCAGCCUCCAUGACAUACCUUGGCAAUCUUCAAGGGCCACUUCUGGUUUAUGUCGUCUUUUCGAUUGCCAGGCCAGAGUUCCGGAAAUUUGCUUCGACGAUCUGCUCCCUUAUAUUCACAGUAUCAAUGCACCAUUCUAG